CCCAUAAAGAUAAACGGAAAAAUAAAGAGAAAAAAGAAAAAGUAGAGAGAGAAAGAGAGAGGAGGGUUUCGGAAUCCACUGAUAAAUCUCCGAACAAGCUGCGGAUUGAUUGAUUGAUCACACAACUACAAUCCAAUUCGAAUAAGUGCACACUCACACUAAUUCGUGCGUGCGUGUGUGUGUGGGGGAGAGAGAGAGAGUGAUUGUGUUUGUUGUGUAUUGAAUAAAUUGGAGCGGGAAAAGGGGGGAAAAGUGAUUGAACUAGGAUAUAGGGCAGGAGUAGCAGUAGAUCCGCCGCUGGGAGGAUGAGUACGAGCAGGGGAAGCGCUGCGGGGAAUGGGGGCGGGUCGCAACUCAUUCCCGCUAUGGCGAGGAAGGUGGUGCUGAGCUUGAAGGAGGUAGUUAACUGCCCCGAAGCGGAGAUCUACGCUGCUCUCAAGGACUGUAAUAUGGACCCUAACGAGGCCGUUAAUCGUCUCAUAGUUCAGGAUCCUUUCCGUGAGGUGAAGAGCAAACGAGAAAAGAAAAAAGAGGGUAAGGAUAACCAUGACUCUAGACCCCAUGGUGCUAAUAGUUCAGCUCGACGCAGCAGGAAUAGUGCAGAUCGCCGUGGUGCUUCUUCAGCAUACAGUGCAUCCGCAACAUACAAUGCUUCAGAGUCAAAGCCAACAUAUAAGAAAGAAAAUGGGUCGGCUACGUAUAAAAGUAACAUUUCUUCAGCAGCUGGUGUGCUGGUAAACAAUAGAAGCCAAUUACCUUCAGGCCUCAGUGAUGGCAGUGCCACUGAGACUAAAGGAUCCUUGUUGGGAGCAGCUGAUGGUAAGCAAUCUGUUGCAAAGACAGCUUCUGGAUACCAAUCUGCCUGGGGGGGUGUUCCUGGUCAAGUUUCUAUGGCUGAUAUUGUGAGGAUGGGCAAGCCGCAUAAUAAAGCAUCUCAUCAACACAUUCAAGAUGUUCCUGCAACCGAACCAUUUCCUCAUCUAAGAUCUACUCCAGAUCAUGCUUCUAAAGCUCAUUCAUCAGAAGUUUCUUUAGUUCAGCAUGCUCCCAGUACGUAUGAGUGGCCUGUAGAGAAGCCAGAGUGGCCUGUAGAGAAGCCAGAGUGGCCUGUAGAAAAACCAGCUCCUACAAAUGUGAUUCCUAUCCCAGAAUACACAGUUGAUACUGAGUUGUAUCCAGAGGCAUCUGGUGUAUCUGAUGGAAUCAGUCAGCAUUAUGAAGAAGAAGAGGUUCAAGCAAGCGAAGAUGAUAAUAAUGUAAAAACUGGUGGAAAUGAUUUGAGUUCUGUUCCUCUACCCAAUAGGAAGGCUCCUGAGAAUGAUUUAAGAGGUUCAUCACUAUUUGAGAAUGAGUUGUAUCAAAAUAUGGCUUCAUACCAGUCCGAAGCUCCUGAUUAUGAGCGUCAUGAAGGUGAAGAAGUUGGUGCUUCAGUGGCAUCAGUCACCGAAAAUUUCCAACAACUAAGUGUAGAGAAGGAUGAUGCAGGAUUUCCAUCUGAAGAAAAUGCUCCUUUGGUUGUAAUUCCUGAUCAUUUGCAAGUUGAAGCUGCUGACUGUUCACACUUGAGCUUUGGUAGUUUUGGAUGUAGCACGAAGGCUUCAUAUCCUUCUGGAGGUUUGGCAUCUGUACCUAUAAAAAGUAAUUUGGAUGAGGGACAUAAUGAGGCUGAUACUGCAUUAGCUGCGGAUGCAGAUACUAGACAGUCUGGAUAUUAUAUUGACAAUUCUCUCACGGAUACAUCCGAUAAGUUCCAUGUCAAUGGUCAGGAUGGUGUCAUUGCAGGGACAUAUGAUGAACCUUCUGCUUCACAGCCAGAAGAGUUGAAACCUGAGAGUACGGAAGUGACUCAUGGAAAUCAAUAUCCUUUCCCGCCUGUUAAUCCUGGCUAUGCCUUAGAUGACACUCGAAGACUAAAUGCUGCUUUUAACGAGACAAGUUCCCAGAUGCACAAUCUUGCUCAAUUUUCUAAUGUUAUGCAGCAGUCAUACCCAAAUUCACUGCAAAGCUCAGUGUUGACUGGAAAUGUUCACUCUGCUAGAGAAUCUGAUCUUCAGUACUCACAAUUUCCUGUCUCGCAUUCUCUGGCUGCAAAAUACGGGAACUCUAUUUCUUCUGUAGGUGCUUCAGCAAUCUCUAUGUCUGAGGCUUUGAAUACUGCCAAUUCAUCACCACAGCCUACUGCACAGUCUCAUUCAGGAGUGAAUGUAGCCGCCUCUGGACCUCCUCUCCCUCAGCAACAUGUUGCUGUACAUCCAUAUUCUCAGCCAACACUACCUCUUGGGCCGUUUGCCAACAUGAUAAGCUACCCCUUCAUGCCUCAGAGCUAUACAUACAUGCCUUCUGCGUUUCAGCAACCAUUUGCAGGUAACAACACGUACCAUCAGUCCCUGGCUGCUUUACUCCCUCAAUAUAAAAGCAGCGUUGCAGUCAGUAGUUUGCCUCAAUCUGCUGCUGUUCCUUCUGGAUACUCUGGUCUUGGGAAUACCGCAACAGUUCCCGGUAAUUAUCAGAUGAAUCCUCCUGCCGCCCCAUCUGGUGCAGCUAUAAACUACGAGGAAGUAUUGGCUCAAUACAAGGAGAGUCAGCUGCUCGCGCUUCAACAGCAACAGCAGCAGAAUGAGAACCAAGCGAUGUGGCUUCAUGGGCAAGGCUCAAGAACGGUGCAAGCUGUUCCAACCAAUGCGUAUUACAAUUACCAAGGGCAAAGCCAGCAAUCCGGUGUUUUCAGGCAAGCUCAGCAGCAGUCACAGAACUACGGGACCACCCCUGGGUACCCGAACUUCUACCAUUCUCAGGCUGGGAUCUCCCUCGACCAGCAACAAAACCCGAGAGAUGGCGCACUUGGUGCCCCACAAGGACAGCCGAAGCAGUCCCAAAUGUGGCCUAAUGGUUAUUAAUCAGCUCUCGUGCUUCUCCAAGGGGCUUGCAAUGAGUGUGGAGGCGACCCUCUCAAGAUGUUAAGAGGAGUUGCUUCGUCUGUACACGUGCCUCGAAGGUUGCAUAGUAUGCUCUUCCUCAGUUCAUGCAACUUAGAGAGGAGAGAGAUGGCUGCUAACUUUGUGUUGGUGGAGAUGUGUUUUUCUCUUCCACUUGCACUUUAUAAUUUAGAUACACUUUUAUUUAGAGAGAGUUUAAGUUAAUGUUCGAUUUUCUAAUCAUGCCUUUUUCCUUUUUCUUUUUCUGUUUCUUUUUUUUGCUGUUCAGUUGAAUCACUGUAUCAUUUGUGUGCAAUAGGAGGUAAGUUUUGGUUUAAA